UUGGUCCGGAGUGCCGUGACUGCUCGGUGAAGUGCUGUCGCCCGACCGGAGGGGCCUUGUGCCACUUUGGACCACAGGAAGGUGUUGUGCGCUAUUUUGUGUGGUGCCAACGGCUGCUGAUUGAGCGCCUUUCCGGUGGCUCCGAGAUCCUGCUCCGACUCGCACCUCCUCGCCUCCGAACCCGGCAGCAGGCCCAGCAUCCCGGGUGCGCACUUUGAAGUAAACCCAGAGGACCGGCAACGGUCACGGCAGGCGAAAACAUGGACCAGGCUGCAAACAACAAGGUACAUCUCGAGAAGGCUCAGAACUUUAUGCGCCAGUACCGGGACCCCGAAUCGCGCGAGCUGAAGAAGCUGUCCGCCAACCAGUUCAUGGACGUCUGGAGCCACUACGACCGGGACGGUAAUGGUUACAUUGAGGGUUCGGAGCUGGACGGCUUCUUGAAGGAGUUCGUCUCGAGUGCCAACGCCACAGACAUAAGUCCGGAGUCGCUCACUGAUGAGAUGUUGGUCGAGCUGAAGUCCUGUUUCAUGGAAGCGUACGACGAUAAUCAGGAUGGCAAGAUCGACAUCAGAGAGCUCGCUCAACUGUUGCCGAUGGAGGAGAACUUUCUGCUGCUUUUCCGGUUCGACAACCCGCUCGAGUCGAGUGUUGAGUUUAUGAAGAUCUGGCGUGAGUAUGACUCCGACAACAGCGGCUACAUCGAGGCGGACGAGUUGAAGAACUUUCUGCGCGAUCUACUGAAGGAGGCGAAGAAGAUAAACGACGUGUCGGAGGACAAACUGAUCGAGUACACCGAUACGAUGCUACGAGUUUUCGAUGCAAACAAAGAUGGACGACUGCAGCUUUCGGAGAUGGCAAAACUGCUUCCAGUGAAGGAAAACUUCCUCUGCCGGCAAGUUUUUAAGGAAGGGAAAAUAGAUGAAGAAGGUGCCGCCAAGCUUACGAAGGAGGACAUCGAGAAAGUGUUCUCGCUUUACGACAGAGACAAUAAUGGUUCGAUUGAGAACGAAGAGCUGCGCGGUUUCCUAAAGGACUUGCUCGAGUUGGUCAAGAAGGACUACGACGCACAGGACCUGAUCGAGUUUGAAGAAACGAUCUUGCGGGGCGUCGGCUACGACAAGGACGGCAAGAUUUCGCGCAAGGAGCUCACCAUGAUCCUGCUGGCGCUGGCGAAGCUGCCGCCGGACGAGGACCAGUAAUUGAUGGCGUCGGCCGUCUGCAUCGACACUACUAGUAGCAGCCAGCCCUGUAGCAGUAGCGGUAGCAGCAGCCAAGACGCGAUCAGCAAGGACCUCUUUCCGCCCAUCGCCAGCGUGCAGGACGGCAUCCGGGAUCUGUAUCGUAAGUUUCGGCGAAAGAUUCACAAAAAAGAGUAGUAGCAGCAGCAGCACGCAAACGAAGGGGCUCGACCGGAAGCGGGAACGCAACCGGCGAAAAGCUUGCUAGGCUAGGUUAGUCUGCCCUAAUACACACACACACACACAAACGCUUGUCCACGCUCCAAAGCGAUACCAGAGUGCCAGAGAUAGCGAGAGGGAAAAAGAGAAAGAGAGAGUGAGAGAGGGAGAGUUUCAGCUCGAACAGAUUUAGUACACCAAAAGAAGAUAACAGAUCGAUCAUUACACGAACACACAUACACACACACAGGUACACACGAAAAGAUAAACGUCAAUCCAUGGCGCAUAUGUCAACACGCUUAACAGGAACACUCCCCAUACAUUGGCAAAUACUCAAAUGAAUGGAAAUUGGGUGGAUUCGAGUCCGCUUGGGCCGCCUCGUGGACCGCGAGCUAAUUGUUGUUAACCACACACACACACACCUUUUUAACCGCAUAUCCAAUUCCAGUUGAAAGUGUAUCCUAUUUAAAGCAUCCCGCGAUCGGAGGGCUUCCACCACGCGGAGGAUGAAAGAUGGCCGCCGGUGCACUGUGUUUACCCUUUAUCGGCCCUACUCUACUCUACUAACUAUAAAUGUUUCACAUUUUUGCAACUUGCUUGCUUUAGGCAGAAAGAGUAUUUAUAUGAAGAAAAGAAAGGCGAGAGCAAAGAAACUAUUUACUGCACGGUCCGAGCUGGGCAGGUUUGGCAGGGUAUCUUCCCAAUUGUGUUUUAUUUCCAGUCCUCGAAAAAUCAUUUCGUACCAACGUUAUCCAAUCCUCCGAUGUGUUCCUGCUUUUUUCAAUUUGUCGGAGUGUGUGAAUUUGAACUGUUCAUUUUUAUAUUUCAAAAAUUAACUUCGCUCACGUUAAUGCCACAAGUUCAAAUGAACGCAACGCCAAUAAACAACGGUCCUCACAAACAAUAGUAAACGUUAAGUUUGAAAACGGAAGAAACACGAGUAACGCCAUUGACGUUUGUUAGGUCAGGAGGGAUGAAAGAUGUGAGAAACAAAACGGUAACUAAACAAUACUAAAACCAAAGGUUAUAUUAAUACUCAGGCGCGAAAACGAAAAAAACGGCUUCAGAUUACGUAUCCUGAAAACCCGAUAGUCAAACCUAAAAAAAAAUUAAUUACAUUUUUUUUUGGGUUUUUGGGGAUUGGAAAAAAAAUUAUUUAACAAGAUGUGUAAGUGACCGUUUAACGGCGAAGGAACGAUGAUAGAGCGAAGGUGGUGAAAAUGCAUUAAAAAUGGAUUGAAAAAUUAAUGUUAAAAGCUUGGUGGCCUAAUCACUACCAAAUUUGAGCGUUGAGUGAAACCGAGUGAAGGCAAAAGAAUACAAAUAUGAUACGCAGACAGCAAAAAAUGUUAAAAACCAACUUUCAAACCUCCGAACUUUCGUUUCGAUUUAUGAUGGCAACCUUCUGGAGCCCCAAAGGUCUAUUCAACACAGUACUAGGGGAACAGGUUUCAAACAGUGGUUCGCGACAAGGUAUCCGAGCGUGGUAUCCGGGUAUCGAAUCGUAAUGCGCCGAAUAAUUUUAAAAUUGUAACCUCAACACCACGAAGCAUACGUUGGAAAACUUUACUGAAAUAAAGCAUUCUUCAGCGAAUGGUUAACAGCCCAAAAGAUGGGCGCAAAUAUCGGUAAAGGUAAUUAACAAAACCAAAGAACGAAAAGGCUUUUCGAGAGAAAUAGAAGAAGGACACUUUGGGCUCGCGCUCAUGCAUGGUUGUUGAUGGUGGUGUCGGCCCCGCCUGGAGUCCUCUCCCGGGUCCCAGAAUUCAAUUUUAAGCCUUCCAGUGAAACAGAACUUUCUCUUAACCGCGACUCUGCGUCGGCGUAUGUUAGAGUCUAAUGUUAUCUGUGUGUGCUACCCUCUAUGUAUCUCCGUUACUACUCGCAUUAUCCGCCGAUCAUCUCCUAAUGUUUGCUAUUUUCAAAGUCGAGUUUCAAAAUAAUUGGGGAAACCAUUGAAUGAAAUGAGAAACAGAUAAGAAAAGGACGACGAAAGGAAUGAUAAUGGCAAUGUCUGUGUUACGCAAAGCUCUUACCGCAAACGCUAACUGAAAUCUGCUUAUCUAUCUAAUCUCUAAAUGUUUCCCGACAACGUUGUUCCGAUCGAGCGAGAGAAAAGAAUGUAAAACUUAGCGAUCAGCGAGUGAGAAUGGAAUCGGGAGGCUGUUGUAGCGCCGUUGUAGCUUUACGUGUUGGGUGUGAAUGUGUGUGUACUACGUCGGAGGAUUGACGAAGUGAAAGUGUGGGAAUAAUUUACAAGAAUCGGAUAAGUUUCGGUUCGAUGAGUGUAUGGAGCCUCCCGGAAGCCCCAUUGAGGAAGGUGUGGAGUGGCUUACGCCGGGUUUUUUGCUCUUAUUCGCUCGUUCCAAACGUCGUAUUAAUGGCCAAACCGCCAAACGCGUGUGUGUCCCAAAACAGUCGCUCAAACCUUAAAUGGCAACGAAAUUUCGCAAAAUAAAUGUUCUAUCCUCACACGAAAACACAACCACACAUACACUAUCACACACACGCGCACAUAGACACAGACACGAACACGUUCUUCACUCUUUAAAACCGCGCGACCGCGUGGUAGGGCGAAAAUAAACGCAACGCAGAACGCGAACGAAAUGCCGAAGCCGAUAUAGACGCGAAUAUGUAGAAAUGCCUUUUUUGUUACUUAGACUCCAGCAGCAGAUUUUUACUGCACCCAUCAAGUGCGAUAUUACUGUUAAAAAUAAAAGAAAAG